GGUGAGCGAGACGGGACGGAACUAACAGAAGCCCGUGCCAGGGUCGGGCCCGCGCCCGCCGCUCCGAGUCACGGGCUACAUUCGCUUUCCCCGCCGAGACCGAGGCGCCACGGAACCAUGGCCGGCCUGAACUGCAGGGUCACGGUCGGACUGCUGGGGGUCCUGCUUUUGGGCGCUGCGCGCCUGGCCCGCGGAUGGGAAACUUACAAGAUUGCUCUGCCACAUGGAAGCAACAUUACAGUCCUCAUAAAGCCUGGGGCCCCAACUCUGCCAGCGAACCUAUGUCAGAUCAUUUCUAAAACACAGGUAACCCCAUUGUCCAUCAAAGCCGGAGAGACAGCAGUCUUUUCCUUUAGCUGCCAGGAUCCAGAGAAUCACUUUGUUAUCGAGAUCCAGAAGAAUAUUGACUGCAUGUCAGGUCCAUGUCCUUUUGGAGAGGUUCAUCUUCAGCCCUCAAUGUCAGUGUUGCCCACCCUCAACAGAACCUUCAUCUGGGAUGUCAAAGCUAACAAGAACAUCGGCCUAGAACUGCAGUUCUCCCUCCCUCGCCUGAGGCAGAUCGGGCGGGGGGAGAGCUGCCCUGACGGAGUCACUCACAGCAUCAGCAGCCGCGUUGACACCAAGAUGGUCGGGAUCGGAACCUUCUGCAGCAACGGCACUGUGUCCCGGAUCAAAAUGCAAGAGGGAGUGAAAAUGGCCUUGGCCCUCCCGUGGUUCCACAACAGAAAAGUCUCCGGCUUCAGCAUCACAAACCAGUUGUCUAUAAAACGCCUGUGCAUCAUCGAAUCUGUGUUUGAAGGUGAAGGCUCCUCCACCCUGAUGUCUGCCAACUACCCGGACGGCUUCCCCGAGGACGAGCUCAUGACAUGGCAGUUCAUCAUCCCCGCGCACCUGCGGGCGAGCGUCUCCUUCCUCCACUUCAGUGUCUCCAACUGCGUGAAGAAGGAGGAGCGGGUCGAGUACUGCAUCCCAGGCUCCACCACCAACCCCGAGGUGUUCAAGCUGAAGGACAAGCAGCCUGGGAACAUAGCCGGGAACUUCAACCUCUCUCUGCAGGGCUGUGACCAAGAUGCCCAAAAUCCAGGCAUCCUCCGGCUGCAGUUUCAAGUAUUGGUCCAACAUCCACAAAAUGAAAGCAAUAAAACCUACGUGGUUGACUUGAGUAACGAGCAAGCCAUGUCGCUGACCAUCGAGCAACGGCCCAGCAAACUGAGCCGCAAAUUUGUCCCCGGCUGCUUCGUGUGUCUGGACUCUCGGACCUGCAGCACCAACCUCACCCUGACAGCUGGCUCCAAACACAAGAUCUCCUUCCUUUGUGAUGAUCUGACACGCCUGUGGAUCAACGCCGAGAAAACCAUAAGCUGCCUGGACCACCGGUACUGCCACAGGAAGUCCUACUCGCUCCAGGUGCCGUGGUACAUCCUCCAGCUGCCUGUGCAGCUGCACGACUUCUCCUGGAAGCUGCUGGUGCCCAAAGACAGCAUCAGCCUGGCACUGGUGCCUGCCCAGAAGCUGCAGCAGCACACUCACGAGAGGGUUUGCAACACCAGCUUCAGCUACCUCGUGGCCAGUGCCGUUCCCGGCCAGGACCUUUACUUCGGCUCCUUCUGCUCUGGAGGCUCCAUCGAGCAGAUUCAGGUGAAGCAGAACGUCUCGGUGACCCUCCGUACCUUUGCCCCCAGCUUCCAGCAAGAGGCCUCCAGGCAGAGCCUGACCGUGUCCUUUGUCCCCCACUUUAAAGAGGAAGGUAUUUUCACAGUGACCCUGGACACGAAAAGCAAGGUCUACCUGAGGACCCCUAACUGGGACAAGGGCCUACCAUCCCUCACCUCCGUGUCCUGGAACAUCAGCGUGCCCCAAGACCAGGUGGCCUGCCUGACCUUCCUCAAAGAGCGGACGGGCGUGGUCUGCCAGACAGGGCGUGCGUUCAUGAUCAUCCAGGAGCAGCGGGCCCACACCGAGGAGAUCUUCAGCCUGGAGGAGGAGGUGCUGCCCAAGCCAAGCUUCCGCUCUCACAGCUUCUGGGUCAACAUCUCCAACUGCAGCCCCAUGAGCAAGAAGCAGCUGGACCUGCUUUUCUGGGUCUCGCUUACCCCAAGGACCAUGGACCUGACUGUCAUCAUCCUCGCGGUGGUGGGAGGUGGCACCUUACUGCUGUUUGCCCUCGGACUCAUCAUUUGCUUUGUGAAAAAGAAUAGGAAAAAGAAGAUCAACAAGGGCCCAGCUGUAGGUAUCUACAAUGGUAACGUCAAUACCCAGAUGCCGAUGCAGCCAAAAACGUUUCAGAAAAGACGGAAGGACAACGAAUCCCACGUGUAUGCCGAAAUCGAUGACACCAUGGUGUAUGGGCAUCUGCUGCAGGAUCCCAAAGGGUCCUUCCUCCAGCCAAAGGUGGACACCUACCGGCCCUUCCAGGGCCCCACAGGGGACUGCCCUCCCUCCCCACCCCGCAUAUGCUCCAGGGCUCCAACUGCGAAGUUGACCAAAGAUGAGCCAUCCUCUGGCUUCCUUUCUGAGUCUGAGAGCGAACCGUACACCUUCUCCUACCCCAACGACAGGAAUAUAAGCAAUGGGAACACAGACCCUCCCUUGCUAGAAACCUAUGAGACCAUGGAGCCUGGGGAAUAACUUGGACCCACCCCUAAGACUUGACAUAAAGCAGGGCACUGAGAUGCCCUUUAGGGUUCCCACCCAGAAAUCCUGAAGAAGAGGAAUUCUGUGGAAGGACAGCAGGAGGUUUUUCUGGAUGCCACCAACUUCUGAUUUCCAAGUGGACUCAUUCCAGUGCUGAGACAUUGAAAAUGAUGAAUUGUGAUCUGGAUACAAUCAUCACAGUGAAAGUCCUUCUAAACUCAGGUUGGGUUGUAACCAGUCCAUAAUGAGAGGGGAGAGGCUGAAUCACGCAGGACAGGGAUGCAGUGAGCCCUGGAUUUGGAUUUGGAUUUGGAUUUGGAUUUAGACUUCUUCAGGUUGAGAGUGCCAACCCCUAGGAGCCCACGGAGACCCGUGCUCUCACUGGGGUCCCCUGGGUGGAAAUGUCAGUAUGCUUUAUUAUAUUUAUUUGGUGGUCCUGUGUAUUUAAGAAGUCAAAUGUAUAGCCAUGCAGCUCUUUUCACCUGACGUAGUGACAGCUCACGCUAACUGGUUAGAUGGCUGGGUUUUGACUUCUGCUGACCACUAGAUAAACAUGUGCUUGUCCCCUGGGAGGUGGGAAUAAUUUGCAGUCUGUCCAGCCAGAAAAGGGCGUGCGUGUUUGAGGGUACUGACGCACAUCUGCUUUGAUAAGAGACUUGCUGGUUCUCUUGCUCUGCGUGUGGUUAUCCUACCACAGAAAUCCAUCUUGAGUCCCAUUGUCCUUUGACCUAGAAGUAAGAGAAAUUUCAUGGAAUUGCCAUGUGUGGCUCUCCCAGCUGCAGCAAUACUUUAGCAUCUAAAUAGAAAUUUAGAGAGUAUUUUCAUCCUCUAAAAACAUUGAAGGAUACACCAAAGGGUGGCCACCUGUAUUAGUUUCCUAAUGCUACUGCAACAAAUUACCACAAGCAUGGUGGCUUAAAAGAACGCAAAUUUCCUAUCUCAGGGCUCUGGAGAUCAGAAGCACAAAAUGGGUUUCACUGAGCUAAAAUCCAUGUGUCAGCAGAGCUGUGCUCCUUCUGGAGUCUCUAGGGGAGAAUCCAUCUCCUUGCCUUUUCCAGUUUGUAGAGGCUGCUCACAUUCCUUGCCUCAGAUGGUGGCAGUGUGACACUCUUGCUUCCCUCUUUUACUGACAAGGACCUUUCACUUAUAAAGCCCGGCCGGAUAAUCCAGAAUUAUCUCCCCAUCUCAAGAUCUUUAAUUACACUGAAAAGUCCCUUCUGCCCUGUAAGGUAACAUAUCCACAGGUGCUGGGGAUUAGGACAUGGACCAUUAUUCUGCCUACCACACCUUUCCUGCCCCUGCAGGAGAGACUGGAGAAUGAUCCAGCCUACAGGUGUGUUUUGUUUAGCCUGCGCAUCUUUUUAAAGAGUUAGUCACCAACAUUUAAAAUUAUAAAAUGUUUACAUAAAAUUCUGGAUCAGAAGGUCUGGCCAUGCUGCGGCUCACAUUCUCACCGAGAAACAACCAGCUGGAGUUGAAACGCAGCUCAUCUUUAGAUGUGGCAUCUGGUUCACCAGUUCACCACAGGGCCCACCAACCCUGUCACCUCACACACUGAGGCUGAGGGUCUGCUGCUAUUGGUCAACACCCUGCAGAGUUGCUUCUCAUAAUGAAAUGGAAAGUUCAAGACUCAUAUCUCAUAUGAAAUAAGAAGACAAUUCUUAAGGCUGAUGGGUGCUUCAGGAAAGUUUCUUUUACACACAGCCCACAUCCUUCAUUUAUACUAAUUACCAGCCCAGCUCCUGUGGGCAUUUGCCUUUGUGGCCCCUGUUCUCAUCUGGGAGGAGAAGGAUUGUGUUAUGGCUUGUCAGUACAGUCCCAGGUCGAUACUUCUGUGGCAAAACCUCCUUUAAAAAGUAGAUGUAGGGCUUCCCUGGUGGCGCAGUGGUUAAAGAAUCUGCCUGCCAAUGCAGGGUACAUGGGUU